AUGCGAAUAUCGAAACCCAAUAGCACCAAUAACAGCCCCAGAUCUUCCUCAACCAUGUCGAACCGGAGACGAACAAUGAUGGGCGGUGAUGUGUGGACCGGUCGAAAGCAGCAACCGAUGCUUGAUUAUCUUUCUAUUCCUCAGCAUCAACAUAUUGACUCUACACCCUCACGAAAGGAGCCAACCCGACCUCUCAGCUGGCAUCCGUCUUCAUAUCAUGUUCAAAUCCCCCAACAACCCGUCUUUCUGCAACAGACACAACAUCAGCAGCAGCAGCACCACCACCACCAAUUGGCCGGUCUGCCCUUUCCAACGCCAAAUAUGUAUGGCGUUGAUUCCAACGAUUUCUACGGUAGCCAGGCUCAAUUUUCUCCGAUGAUGACUUCGUACUCCAACGACACAUCGCCUUCAUCUACUUUUUCUCCGUUACCGUUGUUCUCUGAGGCAGAGAACACGCAGUUUGCGCAGUCCGACGGAUGGGAUGCAUGUCAGAAGCCAGGUCACGCGUACACUGGCCCUGAUAUCCAGGCUGUCAGUGAGCCUUUCGCAACGCUCAACAACUCAUCGAAUGCAAAGACUUCGGACGCGUAUGGCCUGGACUGGAAUACGUUUAUUGCACAUGGAUUCAACAACACCACUCCACCUACUCCCGAGGCCUUCUCCCAGACACAGCAGCAGCCAACAGUGUCCGAGGCAGCUGUCUCAUAUGAGCCUUUGGAUGAACCUGAAGAAGAGGGUGAGAUUCUUGUUGGCAUGGGCUUGUACGAUACUCCCGACAAGCUUGCUGAGGACCCUCAACUGAACAACUAUCGAACAACUGUUUCGUCACUUUUGGGAUCAUCGUACCGACCUCAUGAGCCCCAAGGCAAGGGUCUCAAGCUUGAAGAGACUUGGGAACCCCCAAAGGCGGAAGACGAAACAGAGGAAGAUGGGGAGGAAGAGGAAGACGACGAGGAUGACUCCGAAUGA